GAAAACAUUUAUGGAAAUAUGUAAUAUGUGUUAUGAAACUAAGACAGUUGUUAAGGGUAAUUUUGUCCACACACAGCUAUUAGGGCGUUCAAGGAGCGUGCAGGAAGUAACGGCCUUAAAAAUCACGUGAGCCCAAUUUGUCCAAGACCCGCAAGCCCAAACAUUAGUCAUCUCCUUCACAGGAACCCUAAAUCUGAAACCACCUUGACUCUGCUCUGCCACGGCUGAGAAAAUAGCGACUCAGAAACACGCUCGUCUUCACGAUCCUGCGAUUCCGCUCUCCAACGAGUCUGCGCAGGAUGAAAAAUCGGGAGGCUAGCCGUCGGUGAAGAAUCGCGCGAUUCGCCAGGAAAUCGCGAUUCAAGCACGAUUCAUCCCCGAUACAGAGAUUCAACCACAAUUCAGGAAAAAAAAACGAGACAAAAUCCGUUUCGUAUCAAUAGGAGCUGGAAUCGUAUCGAAUCGCGAGAUACGGAUCGUGAAUCAUUAUUGUAGAAGUCUCUGGGUGAUGGCUGGUUCAGAACCUGUAAGUGCAGAGGGAGAGAGUAUGGCUGUGGAUGCUGCCCCAAGGAAGCCCCGGAUUCUACUUGCUGCUAGUGGGAGUGUUGCUGCUGUCAAAUUUGCAAAUCUUUGUCAUUGUUUCUCUGAAUGGGCAGAUGUAAGAGCAGUUUCCUCAAGUGGAUCUUUGCAUUUCAUUGAUAGAGCAUCAAUGCCCAAGGAUGUAAUUCUAUACACGGAUGAGGAUGAAUGGUCUAGUUGGAAGAAAUUAGGUGAUAGUGUGCUUCACAUUGAGCUUCGCAAAUGGGCAGAUAUCAUGGUCAUCGCUCCAUUAUCGGCAAACACCCUUGGCAAGAUUGCUGGAGGGUUGUGUGACAAUCUACUUACAUGUAUCGUUCGAGCCUGGGACUACAGCAAGCCAUUCUUUGUUGCACCAGCCAUGAACACUUUGAUGUGGAACAAUCCUUUCACUGAGCGGCAUUUCAUCUCCAUUGAUGAGCUUGGCAUUUCUCUCAUCCCGCCUGUUACAAAGAGGUUAGCUUGUGGGGAUUAUGGCAAUGGUGCCAUGGCUGAACCCUCUACCAUUUACUCAACUGUAAGGCUCUUCUAUGAGUCAAAGGCUCAGCAAGGUAGAGCUGUGGUAACCUUAAGGUGAAUGAAGGGGUAGUCCUACGCCCCCAUUCAUGGUAGUCAAUAGCACUCUAUAGCAGGAUAACGGAGCGCAGCAGCCCUGAGUUACUAUGGAAGUCGAAAUCGCUGAGCGAUUUUCAAUAACCGCUGUAGCGGCUGCAAUAGUGGUCUAAAUACAGCUUUUCGGGUGCUACAGCGCACUGCCAUAAUAUUAGACUUCAAAUUCUAUAUUUACUCCAGAAACAUCAUUGUUUGGGUAAAAAUUUACAAAAAAGUUACCCCUGUUUUGACCCUUUAUUCCUUUACACAUUACAAGAUUAUAUUUUAUCCUAUGUUUUGUUCUUUCUUUCUUUAUACUUUCCACUCAA